AUGACUGAGGAUAUGACCACACUGGAGGCCCAGGUGCAAGAAUUGACCCAGAGGGUUUGGUCAGGAGUUCUAACCUUGGAUCCAAAAGAGGCUCAAAAACUGAAAAAGGUCCAACGCAGCAGGAGAAGCCACAAGGGAGAACCGCCUCCCACCUCUGAUAAGGAUGAGGAGAUGUUGAUGCUGGUCACCUACUCCACUGUCCCGAUCAAAGCUUUCAUUGAGCUGUGUAACAAUUCCAAAGGAAUGUGCUUAACAGGCCCUCCAGGACCUCCAGGUAUUCCUGGUCGAGCAGGAUCCAGGGGACCAGAGGGCCCUUCUGGCCCAGAAGGAAGAAGAGGAAGACGGGGACCUCCUGGUGAAAAAGGGGACCCUGGCCCCAAAGGGGAGCCUGGGCCACUGCGACUCCUUAAAGGAGACAACUUUGAGGACAUUUUUAUUGAAGGUCCUUCUGGUCCACCCGGUCCACCCGGGCCUCCUGGUCCAGCUUGUUGUUCGAAAAAAACUGAAAAAUCUUGUAACGAACAUCCUUGUCAAUCAAUGGAGGUUAUCGAAACUACUACAAACUACUCUGCAAACUCCCAGACUGAUGCUGUCACUGCAAACACAAAUGAUUCCAGAAAAAAGGAGACCACUACACAGCUGUCCGCCCGCAUCUUGCCAGUUGAAACAAUCUUCAUCACCAGUGACAAAGACAUCCUCACACCACCAAAAAACACAGCAGAGAUUCCAUCCACUUCUUCAAGUCCACAAUUUACAAGCAUCCCAAUAUCAUCUAAAUAUUUGGAAAAAAUAUCUGACCAACCAACUUUGCACACAAUUUAUGGAGAUUCUUCUAACUCUAUUACUCCUGGGACAUUUUCAGAAAAGGUCACAGAAUCUGAACAUCCCACUGCGCCAACAACUCAUGAACAGGUUUUAGAAGUCACAAAUCCUAACUUUAUGUUGGACAAGAUCAGGGAAUCAGAGCAUUCUUCACCUUCUCCACCUCCUGAAGACGAGGCUGACUCUCAUGUCACACAAGUGGAAUCCUUGGCUGAAACCAGACUGUUCAAUUCAGCAUCGGCGAAUCCUAUUUCAGUGACCAGCAGUGAUUCUAUGACAACACAGUCUGAAAAGAAAAACAUUUUUAUGCAAAUUUGGGAUUCCCUUUUAUUUGAACAAAGAGAUCACAAUAACAUGGAAACUGAACCAGUUACCGCAGCACUAACAGCUGCCACAGGUUCCCCGUCUGCCUCCAACACAAAGAAAUAUGAUUUUACAACGGAUCUAACAAUAACAGAAUCAAACAAAGAAAAUAAUGGACAAAUAAUAUUAAAUAAAAUUGAUAAUAUUACGCAAGCUGCACAUCAAAUUUCACCAACUCCGUCUUCCUCCAACCUGAAUGUAUUCAACAUCAGUGAAAAUCUACUUGAUGCAUAUAUGAAAAGUGAGUCAUUGUCAUCGGGCAAGACAGAGUGCACUGUAAAAAGCAUUAAAUGUUCAGAGAAGACUUCUGAAAUGCAAACUACCUUUGGAGCUUGGAUGCAGGAUGCGUACUUGAAAAAUGACAGUCAAUAUUGGCUUGCAGAACACUUUUCAGGUCGGAUUUUGCUUGAAUACACAGACGCAUCUGCACUGCAAAAUAUAAGUGCUAAAAUUAUAGAUGUGCGAGGGUAUUACCAGGGCUGUGGUCAUGUGGUUUAUAAGAGGCAUUUGUAUUUUCACUUGGCUGGAACCAAAAAACUCAUCAAAUUCAACCUUAACACUCGAAGAAUGGAGAGUCUUACCAUGACAAACAGUCGAUAUAACAGCCUGAAUUAUCUCUUUCGAAACUCUAAGACGUAUUUUAAAUUUGCUGUGGAUGAAAAUGGACUCUGGAAGGCCGGGCUGUCAGGAGAAGACCGAGUGGUUCACCGUGUUCUGUUGAUUCUAAAUACGACACAUAGAGGAUUGUUAUGCUCCCGGAUAAAGUUGUAUUCUUUGAGUCGUCAGGGGUCCCGGGAAAGACAUAUUCCCCCCUUACUGUAUCUGAGAAACUUUUCUGAAACUACGGUUUGUUUCACUUCCAAAGAUGGAACAACAAAAGAUGGAGGGAGUGAUGGAAAGAAAAGCAUCAGUGAGGGGAAAAGGCUGUCUGGCUCUGGAGGGGCAGGCAAAGGAGGGAGUCAACUCCGUUGCCCCAAAUGUGGUGAUCCAUGUACACAUGUAGAAACAUUUGUAUCAUCAACGAGAUUUGUCAAAUGUGAGAAAUGUCAUCAUUUCUUUGUGGUUCUGUCGGAAACUGAUUCCAAGAAGGGGCUAAGCAAAGAGCCAGAGUCAGCCGCUGAGGCUGUGAAGCUCGCCUUUGCACAGAAACCUCCACCUCCACCAAAGAAGAUAUAUGCAUACCUUGACAAAUAUGUUGUUGGACAGUCCUAUGCAAAGAAGGUGUUGGCAGUUGCAGUGUACAAUCACUACAAGCGCAUCUACAACAACAUCCCAGCUGGUAACAGACAACAAGUGGAGGUGGAGAAGCAGCCUUCUUUAACACCACGAGAGCUAGAGAUGAGAAGACGAGAGGAUGAAUACAGAUUCACAAAGUUGCUGCAGAUCGCAGGCAUCAGCCCUCAUGGAAAUGCUCUGGGAGCAACAAUGCAGCAGCAGGCGAGUCAGCAGGCUCCACAGGAGAAGAGAGGAGGGGAGGUCUUGGACUCUACACAUACCGAUAUUAAACUAGAGAAGAGUAACAUAAUCCUUUUAGGGCCAACAGGAUCUGGAAAAACAUUGUUGGCACAGACACUGGCCAGAUGUCUAGAUGUCCCAUUUGCUAUUUGUGAUUGCACAACAUUAACACAAGCAGGAUAUGUGGGAGAAGACAUAGAGUCCGUUAUUGCCAAGCUGCUACAAGAUGCCAACUACUCAGUGGAUAAAGCUCAACAAGGUAUUGUAUUUCUGGAUGAAGUGGACAAGAUCGGCAGUGUACCAGGAAUACACCAACUAAGAGAUGUUGGAGGAGAAGGUGUCCAACAGGGCUUGCUUAAAUUGCUGGAAGGGACAAUUGUCAAUGUACCUGAGAAAAACUCCAGAAAACUAAGAGGGGAGACUGUGCAGGUGGACACAACAAAUAUACUCUUUGUUGCAUCUGGUGCCUUUAACGGUCUUGACAGAAUCAUCAGCAGAAGAAAGAAUGAAAAGUAUUUGGGCUUUGGAACGCCAUCAAACCUGGGGAAAGGUCGGCGUGCUGCUGCUGCCGCAGACUUGGCGAAUACAAGCGGAGAAACAGACACUGUGGCAGAGAUCGAGGAGAAGGACAGACUUCUGAAGCACGUGGAGGCUCGGGACCUGAUCGAGUUUGGAAUGAUCCCUGAGUUUGUGGGCCGUCUGCCCGUGGUGGUCCCUUUGCACAGCCUGGAUGAGCAGACGCUCGUCCGUAUUCUCACUGAACCACGCAAUGCUGUGGUCCCACAAUACCAGGCUUUAUUCAGCAUGGAUAAAUGUGAACUGAAUGUUACUCAAGAUGCCUUGAGAGCCAUUGCUCGGAUGGCCCUUGAAAGGAAAACUGGAGCUCGUGGACUCCGAUCCAUAAUGGAGAAAUUGCUGCUUGAGCCCAUGUUUGAGGUUCCACACUCGGAUAUUAUUGCUGUUGAACUAAGCAAAGAAGUUGUUCAUGGAAAAUCUGACCCCAGAUAUAUCAGGGCUCCCGCCAAAGAGACCACAGAGGAGGAAUAUGACUCCGGCAUCGAGGAGGACAACUGGCCUCGACAAGCAGACGUCGCUAACAACUAA